GUCCUCGACAUCAUGGGAAGACAUGUUCAAAUUUGGUAUUUUUCCUUCCUUUGGACUUGCAUCCACGGAAAAAACGUUCUUUUCUUUUUCGGUAUCGAUUAUUCGGCAUAUUCGUCUCAAGAUUCAUGUGAUACAAUUAAUUCAAUUUCUUCCCCCACAAAUAUCACUCCAGCUGAUGAUGCCGGUCUGGAGGGUGGAAUUUUUGGGAAUCCCGUCAUAAGAACCCCGCACCUGGACGAGCUCGGAAGGAAAAGUGUACGAUUCACGCGGGCUUUUACACCAGUCAGCAGUUGCUCUCCGAGCCGUGCCGCAGUUCUCACGGGUCUACCUGUUCACCAAAAUGGGAUGUACGGGUUACAUCACAAUGUUCAUCACUUCGAUUCGUUUGACAAAGUUCAAAGCUUGCCUUUAAUUCUUGGCAAAAACAACAUCAAGACAGGAAUUAUUGGUAAAAAACAUGUAGGUCCAAAUGGAGUGUUUCCGUUCGAUUUUGCACACACCGAAGAGAAUUCUCCGAUUAAUCAAGUGGGUCGAAACAUCACCCACAUGAAGAACCUGGUUGGAUCGUUCCUGGACAGAUUCGGAGACAAGCCUUUCUUUUUGUACAUCCCCUUCCACGAUCCACAUCGAUGUGGUCACACCAAUCCGGAAUUGGGUGAAUUUUGCCAAAAGUUUGGUGAUUCAGUUUCGGGAUUUGGAACUAUUCCUGACUGGGAGCCCACUUACUAUAGUGAUGAGGAGGUGAUUGUGCCUGGAACGGUCCCAGACACUCGGGCCACCAGGAGCGAAAUUGCAAAUCAAUACACGACCAUUUCAAGGCUCGAUCAAGGCAUUGGCUUGAUCAUGGAUGAACUGACUGCCCGAGGUCACAUCAAUGAAACAUUGGUAAUCUACUCAUCAGACAAUGGGAUUCCAUUUCCCAAUGGCCGAACCAAUUUCUACGACUUGGGAAUUCACCAGCCUCUGUUGAUCUCAUCACCGGUACAUCCAAGAUCUCAUGGACAAUCCGUCGCUUCAUUGGUUUCCCUUUUGGAUGUGACACCAACCGUUCUGGAUUGGUUUCGAAUCCCUUAUCCAAGAUACAAGAUGUUUCAUCAUUCACCGUCUGUCCGCUUAACGGGAAAAUCCCUAUUGCCCGCUCUAGAUUACAUGUCCGGAGGACAAACCGAUCUAAUGCAUCAAGAGAGGACAGUUGUAUUUGGGAGCCACAACUUGCACGAGGUUACGAUGUAUUAUCCAAUGAGAUAUAUACGCGGUCCACGAUUUAAACUGAUUCGAAACCUUGCUCACGAAUCUUAUUUUCCUAUUGACCAAGACUUCUUUUUAUCAAAAUCUUUGCAAGAUCUCUUGCUACGGUUUCGCCAUAAGAAGGACCUUCGGUGGAUCAAGACAUGGCCUCAGUACCUUAUUCGUCCGCAAUGGGAAUUGUUCGAUUUGGAAAGUGAUCCUCUUGAGAUUCAUAACCUGGCAGUGGAUUCCAAAUUUCAAGCUAUACUCAAGGACCUUCAGGAUCAAUUAACGGCAUGGCUAAACGUUACCCAAGACCCGUGGAUUUGUGGCCCCAAUCAAGUGUUAGAAGACAAAGGCUCGUUCAAAGAUAAUCCUCAAUGUUUCAGUUAUCUAUUCUAACGAUGUCCAUGGAUAACAGAGAGCUUGAGAAAUAGGAUGCAAUUUACAUGUUGUUCAUCACCCAAUGAGAUGCGUCCAAGGAUACUGUCUCUCAUCAGGGUCAUUCGUGAAAUUGCAAGAGUCUUCAAACUUGUCGAUGGUCUGCGUUAUUGGGAUCCAGUGGAUGGUUUGGCUUGAGCCGCACUCUCUUUCAUUUCUGUUAAAAACAGGAGGCACAAAUAUUUCUUCUUAAAUUGGAUAUGCAUACAUAUUGAUUUUAAUUA